AUGGGUGUAAGACUGCUCGGGCGCUAUACAGUUGUCCCUCGGGACCUGUUUCGGAUCAGCGCUGGAUCAUUGACCAGACUGCGUGACAGAUCGUUGCGGCCUGGCGCUCCUUCUUGGGAUGUUAUGACCAUCGAUGGAAAGGUUCAACCACUGGGAAUGACCAGUGACUGGGCCCAAUGGUGCAUCUUUGCGACCGAAUACGAAAACUCGGCAAUCCCUGGCACAACUCUCCCUGAGGAUCUCAUUCUCAUACAUGAGCGAGGCGAACAUUAUUCUUUACAAGCCAGUCGUGAAUGACCUUGGACGAACUAAAUUCCGGAGUUACUUCCUUUUUGAAUGACGAGGCCAUCCGCAUGACUAAAAAAGAAUGGCAUGCCAAAUUUCCUACCAGGACGGACUAG